AUUAAGAAAUUAUCCUAUUAUGAGUAAAGUGAUUUCAUUAGUUAAUCAGAUACCUGAAGCUUUAGAAGUGUAUAUAUAUACCUCUUUAAUGAACCCAGAAAAGAUGAUUGAACUGUAUGUCGGAAACUUGAAUAACUUUUGUGAUGACCCAAAUCAAUAUUUUGAGACACCAGAAGGACUGAACUUCAACUUAACAGUGUUUUUGAAUGAGGCGUGCAUGGUGAAUUUGACACAAUUAGAAACAGAAGCUAGUAACAUAGAAUGGUUCAACAUGACGUACAAACAUGUGAAUGUAACAAACCUGGCAAAGAAAAUAAUCAAGUUAUACCUUAAGGCAGGAAAUAGCCCAAAUUUUGGUCUAAAUCUACGAUUAUUUGAUAAGACUGUCUACGAGACAAUGGUGGAAAGAGUAGAAAAAUAUUUCAACCAAUCAGCCAAUUACUACAUGUCUCCAGAGAGUAUAUUUAAAGUUGUUGGUCAUAUUUAUAACACCAGUACAUCAGGAGUAAGACAAAUGUUGGCAUGGUUACCAACAACACUGACAGUGGUUGAUAAUGUUAUGGAUAAAAUUAUAGCUUUGGAAAAUAAAACAAGUUUUACCCUGGCUGAUAUAUUUAAAGAUUCACCUCAGUUACAGUUCUUGGUAAAUUUCAUACAGAAACCGGGUGUAAUUGAAGUUCUACUCGACUCAGUUAAUUCACAAAAGUUUAUACCAUUAAUGAGUAUACAGAAUGCUACAGAAGCACUGAUGUUAAUCUGUGAUCCGAGAACUGAUAUGAAUACUUACCUGGUGUCGCCAGUUGGUGUUGAUGUUAAUAUGUUACGUGAUCAGUUCUGUCAGAUCAAUAUAAACGAUCUAGUAACGGAAUCUAAUGCCGAAUUUGACAUUGAGCAUAUUACGAUGGUGGCUGAGGAUAAGACGAACAUUGACUGGAUAAAGAUUGGUGAAAAAUAUACGAAGAUAAGCAAGUUAUUCAGUCGUUGGAUAGAAACACCACCUACGGUAUUAGUACCUACAGAAUGGCAGAAUGGAACAUUCUGGUUAAAUAUGUUAGAACGGUACAACCAGAUGCAGACGUCGCCUGAAGCUAUAAAUGAAGAAAUUAAAAGUUUCCUUGCCAAGUUAUCACCCUUGAUGGAAAAUGAAGGAUUCAGAGAAUUUGGUUUGGUUCUGGAGAAUCUAAUGCGACUGAUGAAUGAGAACUUUAUUGGUCUUCAAAAUCAAACUCUGACAGUGGGCAACAUGCUGUAUAGAAUACCAAUAUUAAAAAAAGUCAUGGCCGCAACAGGAAUCACUGGAGAUGUCUUAGGUGCUAUCUUAACGGUACCUGUUAGGGAUCCUGAAAACUUCCUUCGAACCAUACUGCAGACUACAUAUAACGAAACGCUGUGUGGCAAGAAGUCAAUGUGGCACACAAUUCUUGAGCUUCCAGAAAGUUUCGAUACAUCUCCUUUAUACAAUGCUGCUUGUAACCAUAACAACACAGACAUCUUGAAGAAUUUGGUAGCUAAUUUAGACAUAGAAAAUCUGAUAGAUUCAUUAACAAAUACCUCUGUUACUCCUGAUUGGGAAUCCGUCUUCAAACAGUCAGAGGAACUUGGCAAAAAUAUCCAAAACUUCAUUAAAUUUAUGCCAAAAUUUGACGCAUCCGAGUCAUUAGACCUUCUCACCAGAAGUUACAAUGAAACCAAUCUCUGGAAUAUGUUAUCUGUGUAUUCCACUUUUGGUCAAUAUUUCCCAAUCCAAGAAUACAGCGUCAUCAUGAGGAGUGGAACAGUUGUCAUGGAUUUCUUAAACGAGAUGAUGAAUAAGUUGGACAUCCGUGGUUCGAGCUUAGAUCUGGCAUCGUUAUUUAAGGGUAGCCAGACAUUCAUGAGGAUAGUUGACACCAUGUUAGAUUUAACACCUGAUCCAGUCACUGCUUUAUUAGGAGUACGUCUUCGACUGUCAAAGAAUAUUGAGUUUGGAAAGCUGGCAACUGAACCUAUGAAAUUAAAUGAGGUUUUCUGUAAUAAGGCUAAGUUUUUGGAAUAUUUUGAAGUACCAGCCAGUUUUAAUGUUACAAUUGUUAUACAGGGAAUGUGUAACAUAAAUUUCACGGCUAUUGCAGAAGAAUUACAAUAUGAAUUCCCCAUCAAUGAAUUAAUACAAAAGUUUUCAAAUCUGGGAAAUUCAUCCGCACCGUUCAGUCUCCAGGAAUACAUCGACAGUUCUCAACGAUUCACGCAGCACAUCAUGGAGUUGAUUAAUGUCACGGAUGUUACGUUUGAUAAUCGUGACUUAGAAAAGAUAUUUACUAUCAAUACCACUGCUUUAAUGAAAUUAUGGGAACAGGCUCAAACAGACAAUGAAAUUAUACCUUCACAGCUAAUUAACGAUUUGUUUAAAGAAAAUAUGAAUGUAUCUGGUUGGAGAGAAGCAAUGACAGUUCUUCAUCUUUUUGACUCUUAUCUGAAGGAUAUGAACCAAAAUCUACGAAAUAUUAAAAAUCAACCAUUAAGUCUACAACUCUUAUUCAACGGAACAGAUUUAGGACCCACACUGAUGACGGUAUUAUUGAAACCAGAAUGGAUUGAAGAAUUAGUUCAGAUUCACUUCCAUCCUGAUGCUCUACUAAAGUUGAUAGAGAAUGGAUCUCACGCUGAGUUAUGUGGUAGAAAGUUCUGGGAUGUAUUUAUAUUACCUGAUGAUAAUACUGGUGUAUUACAACAACUACAGAAUCAAAUAUGUCAGGCUAAUAUCACCGCCAUGACAUGGGCGAAUGUUGUUUUACAAAUACAAGGAUUAAAAUUCUAUCAUGAGGCCAUAUUAAUACAAAAGCAGUUAGAAUCUGGUCAUGGUGUAAUGGUUAAUAUAACCGAGUUAGAUGUAGAUAUGAGGGAAAUGAUAAAACUUGUUGGUGAAGUUAUACAGGCUUACACAUCGGGCAACCAGACUGUCGGAGAGUUCGUAAAUGUUAAGGGUUUCCAAACCGUGUUUAAUAAAUUGCAUGGAGAACUAGGACAGAAACUAAUGAAUAUGACUUCAACUUGGUCUUUAGAAUUAUCUUCAUUAUAUUAUAAACAAAUGGAAGAACUAGAUCCGGCCACGAGACGAACUAUUAAAACUAUGAAUAUCUUCUUAAAAAUGAUCAACGAUAGAUUAAUCGAUAUUCGAGAUGGGGGAAUCAGUUUGUCAACUCUACUGGGUCAUUCUCAACAACUUAUAACAACAGUUGAUGCCUUUAUAUCUCUCAGUAAAUAUAAAACAGAAACAUGGACGAGUGGAAUUAUUGAUUUCGAUCAUCUGGCUGAAAUGUUCACCAACUCUACUUUACUAAAGACUAAAUGUGAUGAUGGAAGUGUAAGUGACUACAUCAGUAAUGGUACUAUGUCAUCAUCACUUAUAAAUGAUAUACAGCGAUUAAUCUGUACCUUCCCAGCACUACCAGCAGCUUUAAAACAAGUUAUUGACUAUGAAACAAUUGGUACCGAGUUGAUGAAUACAUGGAAUAUGAGUAUAGAAGUAGAAUCAGUUUAUGAUAAUUAUACCAGAAAUACUCUACUCUUGAAUGAAUUAAUCACCCAAAUCAGCCAGAAAACAUUAACAAUUGAUCCAAAAUUACAACAAACAUUUAGUGCUGAGAAUAUACUAAAGACGCUUGAAAAUGUUUUCAUGAAUCCAACUUUGAUAUUUAAUAUAUUGAAAUCGUACAGUCCAGAAAUACAGAGAGUAUUGGGUAAAGAUGAAGCUUUUAGCCCAACUUUAGCAAUGCUGAACAACUAUUUUAUACUGCCGAUGACACAAAUGUUACAAAAACUUGAAGAACACGGUAUAACAAUAGAUGGUUUAUUAUCCGAUCCCAGUAAACUGUUAUCAGCUGUUGAAAUACUCUCUGGUUAUGAUAUGCAACUUGUUCUAAGUACUGAUUCGGCUCUUCAGAUUGUGUUAAAUCCAUUAACAAAUUCACCAAUUGUUGUUAAAACGUUACUGUGUAAUGCGACAACACUAAGAUCAGUGAUUGGUUAUUUGAAUAUCCCAAAUUUUGAUGCGGUUCAACAAUUACUCUGCAAUAAGCCUGCGUCUUUUUGGAUUGAAGACUUACGGAAAAUGGGUGUCGAUACACUACUGAUUUAUAACAUGGGGAUGAAGCUUGCACUUUCGGAGUUUGAGUAUUCGUGUUACGAUGUAAUGGAAUCUGUUAUGGGUUACAACCAUACAUAUACUUCGUGUUCCUCGGGAGAUAGUCUUGAUCGUCAUUUCACUUGGCCAAGAUUUGUUGCCGGAGUGGAGAAAUUAACCAACCUAAUGAUGGUAAAGGGGAGUGAUAUCAGUAAUUCGUGGUUAAGUCCAAAUGCAUCAAGUGACGUCAUAUGGAGAAUACUGAAAAAUGUUUUAAUAGAGACUCCUAUGAAUGGAGUUCUAAAUACAUUUACGUUAAAUGAGCAAUUGGGUAACAAAUCCAUAGCAGAGCUUGUCAACAGUUUUGAAGGUUUUCUCAACAAAUACAUGGAAUUAUUUAUUGAUUCACCAAAUCCGAUAUUACUUAAAGAUGUUUUACCAAAUAAUCUACAAGUUGAAAAACUACUUGAGCAAAUUCUCAGUCCAGAAACAGCUGCAGAAUUUCUUACAAUGGCCGUUGAUCCCAAAAAGUUCAUGAGUUUGGCGUAUGUUAGCAACUGGGAGGACAUCGUGUGUAAUUUGACGAUGUUUAAUGAAACGUUUAUGGAUCUAUCAUCAUCUGGUAUGGCUGUUGAGGCUAUACAGACGUCACUAUGUCAUGUAGCCACCAAUAAAUCACACGCUUUACAACAAUUUGUUGAUCUAUUUGAUGCUGGAAAUGUAUUAGAAAAGAUUAAUGCAUUAAUAAAAGGAGAUUACCAUAAUAUGAAUGAUAAUGUCACAAUAUGGGAAAAGCUACAACGUGAAAGCGAGAGAUUGUUGAAUAAUUUUGAGAAGUUAGGAGAUGUGUCUGUUGAUCCGAACUCUGUUAAUACUUGGUUUUCACCAAUUCUUACAAUGCUGUCAACUGGUACUAGUAAUCCAUCUAUCGACGGUGUGAGUAAAAUGUGUAAUAGUAUGAUAUCAUAUGUAUCGGGAUCACAAGAUUAUCAGACUAUACAACCUUUGUUGUCACAAGUCGUGGAUUACAUGAAAGCUCUUGUGACACCUAUGACAAUAUAUGCUGAUUUAGAAGAUAUCACAUGUGAUUUAAGCAGCAGCUUUGAUUUAUCACGGGCCUUCAACAGAUUAAACCAACUUAAGUUCUUUGACCUAUUUAAGUUGAUGUAUAGAGAUGAUAGAACCUUCCAGUGUGAUGAUGCCAUAUCAACUGUUAUGAAUGUUUAUAACGCUCUAAAUAAAACUAUAUCCCAUGGUAUAAACUUUGAUAGAAUUGGCCAUUGUCUAUCGAAUGGCGCUAUGGAUCAUUUUGGUACUAUGUUAAAGAGUGUAGAUAGUGUCUUUGAGUUGUCAACGGAGGUAUUAACUUUGAUACAGCAAACAGAGGUGAAAAAAUUAUUGGGUGACAUUUAUCCAGAUUUACAACCAAUCUUAGAUUAUGUUCUAAAAGUUUUGAGUCAACAAAAAUCUUUGGUGUAUAGAUUUGAAGAUCUAUUCUUAAACUCCACGUCUUUACAAGACUUUUUUGUUAAUUCUCUGAAGUUUGCGCCAGAAGUUGCUGAGACUUUGUUGAAGUCCACCAUUAACUUAGAUCCUAGAAUGUUUUUAAAUGAGUCUGUAGAUGAUAUUCAACUUCAAAUUUGUAAUCCAGUGGAACUCUCUAAACUAAUCCAGCUACCUCAGUUUACCCAGAUUGAUUUUACAUCAUUGAGUAAUGGGCUGUGUAAGAAUGGUAGUAUCGAUGCUGCUAUUGGUAUUAAGAGCGUUGCUGAUUUUUCUAAUUUCGCUCAACAGUUAGUGAAGUUGUCAUCCUCGAAUGUAGAUGAGGCGUGGUUAAAGAAUAUAUCUGAUCAUACUGUUACGUUGAUUGGUGAUCUGGAGGAGAUUAGUUCUAUUGCUAGUUUACUAGGUGGAGGUCUAGAUCUACAAGCUCUACAGCGUGAUAUACCUAAAAUAGAUAGAUUCUUGAUGGGUUCUGGACCAGCUCGUUUAGUUUUGAGUUUGUCAGCCAUAUUAGAUGAUCUAAAAUAUGUUUUCCCAAACAAUGAUUCUCGUAACAUACUAGGUGAAAUCAGUAUGUUUAUUAGAGGAUUUAUGGGCCUUGAUUUGAUACAGUCACGUGUUUUAUCUGCAGUUCAUGUUGGCGACUUGUUGAAGGAACCAGCAGAAGUAAAAGAUUAUAUGGUUAAGGAGCUAGGAUUUACGGACAAAAUGGCUGAAACUAUCUUAAGUGGAUCUUAUUCUUUACGAGUGUUUUUGAAUGCAACUGUGCAGAUGAUGAAUGGGGAUUAUACUUGUGACAAGAUAUUUAAAGAAUUUAUCAUCCUCAAUUCACAAGAAGUCAGAAAUAUAGACAUUACUUCCGCUUUCUGCAGUCUGAAUAAAACUACAGCAUCUAGCUUAGCAGACCAACUUCUACCCGAGUUAGAUAUCGGAGAAUGGGUAAAAAUGUAUGUGACCACAUCUGCGAAAGAAAUUCUGAAUUCUGCUAAUAUAAGUAUGGAAGACGCUGCAGAUCUGACAACUAAGUUAUCUAAAGCUCAGACAGGCCUUCUGAAAGCAGCGGACAUAUUGAAGGACAGUAAUGAUACGUUAGAAAAAGAUCUGAUGAAUCAGUUAUUCAAUUUACCAUCUGCACAAACAGCUAAUCAGAUGCCAUCUUUACAACCGUUAUUGUGUGGUGUUAAAGCUGAUGAUGGAGAAGUUAAAGAUUCAUUGGAUGUGUCUUCAGUGGUUGGUGGUAAGGCACCAGAAAUUAGGAAGGAUGAACUUGAUUCACUACCCUCGGAGUUUUGUCGUGACAUUUAUCGAGAAAUAAUGCAGAAACCAAUAGGAAGUAUUAUCUGGUCGUAUUUGAAACCUAUCUUAAGAGGAAAGAUUUUAUUCACUCCAGAUACUCCACUUACUCAAGAUAUUAUCAAAGGGGCUGAUGGAAUGUUUGACCUAUUAAAGGAUGUUCGUAGAGUAGCGAAGGCAUGGGUUGAAGGUACACCCAGUUUAAAAACAUUAACUACUCAAGCUAAAGAUAUGACUAAACUCAAGGAAAGUCUAAAUAACAAUUUUAUAAAGAAUAUGUUAAAAGAUACUGCUGGUAUAAACCCUGAUUCUCUAUUAGAUGGUCUUGGAGCAUUAGAUUCAGAUCAGUUAACUGUCGAUCAAUUGAACGGUCUACAAAGAGCAGCUCAACUUGUCGUGAAUUAUACAGAAUGUAUUGAGCUAGAGAGAUUUAUUGGUGUGGAUAGCGAGGAAGAGUUGCUGAAGAUUUCUAAGGAUCUCUCCGAAAAACAUCAAUUUUUAGCUGGUAUUGUUUUUACAAAUAUUAAACCAAGCAACAGAAAGAAGAGGGCUGCCGUAGAAGAUAUACCAAAACAUAUUAUUUAUAAAAUACGAAUGGAUGUGGAUAAUGUUCAAGAUACUUCCAUUAAUAAAGCAAGAUUAUGGAAACCAGGACCCGAGGAUAGUUUCGCGAAUAGAAUGCGUUAUCUGAGAGGUUUCGUACAACUACAGGAUAUGAUUGAGAGAUCUAUUAUAUCAAUUCAAACUGGUGAUAAUACAACAACAGAUCCGGGUGUUCAGUUAAAACAAAUGCCAUAUCCAUGUCAUAAAGAUGAUGAAUACAUACAUUAUCUUGGAUCAUACUUGCUGCCAGUUUUAAUGACAUUUGCUUGGGUAGCAUCUCUAGGAAUUGCUACUAGAAAUUUAGUUAAUGACCGAGAGGACGGACAAGAUGAGGUAUUAAGAAUAAUGGGAAUGAAAUGUGGAUUAAAUUGGGUAGCAUGGUUUUUAUCGACUAUGAUAAUAAUGAUGAUAGUUAGUAUUAUAAUAGCUAUCAUAUUGAAAUAUAGUACCAUCUUCUCGUACUCCAACCUGUUUAUUAUAUUCCUGUAUUUACUGGCAUUCUGUUUAUCAUCUACAAUGUUAUGCUACAUGGUGAGUGCUUUCUUCACAAGAACAACUCUAGCUAUAUUGACAGUACUAAUUAUUUAUUUCCUCUCCUACCUACCAUACAUUGUUCUGGUAGCAAUGGGACUUCAAAUGGAAUUCUGGCAAAAAACAGUUGCUUGUUUGUCGAGUACAACAGCGUUUAGUUUUGGUGCCCAGUAUUUAGCGUUUCUAGAAGAAUUAGGCGAUGGUAUACAAUGGAAUAAUAUAGAUCAUAGUUUCGUAAAGGGAGAUAAGAUGACAUUUAGUUGGACAUGUAUUAUGAUGUUAAUUGACAGUCUUAUCUAUCUUGUGAUUGGAUGGUAUGUUAGAAACGUCAAGCCAGGAAAGUAUGGUGUUGCCAAACCAUUUUAUUUCUUUGUUCAGCCAUCAUAUUGGUUCUUCUGUAAAUCUAAGAGUGCAUCUUCAAAUAAAUAUUUAUCCGAUAGUUCAAGUAAAAACCACAACAAUGCAUUUGUUGAGGAAGCAUCUGGUGAUGAACAUGUUGGAAUAUCAACUCACAACCUGCGUAAAGUUUACAACACAACAACUGCCGUUAAUAAUCUGAACCUGGAAUUUUACGAAGAUCAUGUCACAGCUCUUUUGGGCCAUAAUGGAGCAGCUAAAACAACCACAAUGAACAUGAUAACAGGUGUAACAAGACCUACAUCAGGACAUGUAGAAAUAUAUAACAAAUCACCUGUAGAUUCAACUGGUACUAUUGGUAUAUGUCCACAACAUAAUGCUUUAUUUGACUAUAUGACAGCAGUAGAACAUAUGGAAUUUUAUGCCAGUGUUAAAUCUGGAAAUGUUUCAAAUGAAGAAAUUAAGCGGUUAUUACAAGAUGUUGAUCUGUGGCAUGUACGUGAUAUCCCUAGUAAAAAGUUAUCUGGUGGAAUGCAGAGAAGAUUAUGUGUGGCCCUGGCCUUCGUUGGAGAAUCCACAGCUAUUGUACUAGAUGAACCAACUAGUGGUGUUGAUCCAUAUGCUAGAAAAAGCAUCUGGAACUUGAUUUUGAAACAGAAAAUGGGUCGCACCAUCUUGGUAUCCACACAUCAUCUAGAUGAAGCUGAUCUACUAGGUGAUAAAAUCGCCAUCAUGCAUACUGGUAAUCUGCUGUGUGCUGGUUCACCAGUAUUCUUAAAAUCAUGUAUUGGAAGUGGACUGUCUUUAACUAUGGAGAAAAAUGUUGCCUCACCGGUAAGAUAUAUUGUAACUAUUCUACAAGAAUAA